AAACCUUGAAAAAAUAGGAUUUGCAAGAGUGCAACACACUCAGUCUUCUUCUCUUGUUUAUUUCACUGUAGACAGCUGCAGAUAGCUGCUUGAUAGGACGUCAGUAAGAAGUGUUUUGCAGCUCCGUGUGUACUACUGGUGUUGGGAGAAGGAUAAAGAUAUAAAAAAACGGGUGCAAGCUGAAACUGAACGAGAGUGCUCUAAUCUCCACGAUCUUGGCUGCAGUUCCCGUGGAGACGCUUAUGGCAACUGAUCAAAUCGGAUCAAGCAAGUAAUUCAUUUUUCAAGUUUUGACAGCGAAUACACAAGGCACGCUCUGUGCAUUUGUAUUUGGACCGAAUGAGGCGGUUCUGCUGCUAAUUCACCAUGGUGGUUGGUUUCGUAAUCAGCACGGUUGCCAGCGACGUGACCCGUGUGAUUUUCUCGUUCAUGUUCGAGCUGGAUGGUGCAGUGGAUGUGGCCACUACAGACCAGCUGCGUGCACUCAGAAAGGAACAAGCCAUGCACGUUGCCUGCCAGGUGCAAAGCGAGUACUCGUUUCUCCGCGCCUCGUCGCAGUCACUUGCUGAGGUUGGCAUGACAACGGCCAUGACACGUGGCGGUGGUGGAGGCGGUGGUGGCGCUGGUGAGGAUGAGAAAGCGGUGCACGAGCACGGCCUGUUCAGAGUGCGGCCGGGCAUGCCAUUCACCGGAGAUGACAGCAAGGUGGUGCUGUGGCAAGCCACGGCCGGUGCAGGCUAUGCACUCGUCUGCGAAGAGGAGGAGAACAGAGUGGUGGCGGCACAGGUGCUCUGUCUCCUGGUGCAGUAUCUCCAGGAACAUGUGAAGUCUGCGGAGCAGCCGGCCGCAGAGUUCAUGUUGAAGUCUGAUCGUGUCAUGACCGUGCUGCAUCAGUUCCUACCCAACGGCCAGCUGCUGUUCCUGAACCAUCGUGCUGUACGUCAGCUGGAGAAGGAGAUGGAGGUGCUGUUACAGGGCAAGUGAUCACACCUGUACCGUCUGUACCGGUCAUGUUGCCUCUACUGCCGCAGUGCCAUGCUCUCUGCUGCUGCCUGCAGGCAUUGUACGCAGGUGCUGUGGGUCAGUGUGUGUGCUUCCUCUCUCUCUCUCUCUCUCUCUCUCUCUCUCUCUCUCUCUCUCUCUCUCUCUCUCUCUCUCUCUCUCUCUCUCUCUCUCUCUCUCUCUCUCUCUCUCUCUCUCUCUCUCUCUCUCUCUCUCUCUCUCUCUCUAUCUCUCUCUCUCUCUCUCUCUCUCUCUCUCUCUCUUUUCUCUCCCUCUCUUCUCUCUCUCUCUCUCUCUCUCUCUCUCUCUCUCUCUCUCUCUCUCUCUCUCUCUCUCUCUCUCUCUCUCUCUUCUCUCUCUCUUCUCUCUCUCUCUCACGCACACGCACACACACACACACACACACACACACACACACACACACACACACACACACACAUAACAGCCCGGAACUGAGAUAGUCGUAUCUUUACUCACCGUGCCUAUCCUUUACAAGUACAACUCACAUAACACUUGCCUGACUGGGCACAUGCAGUCAACCCUGCUGGCGGGGUUUUACUACACUAGUGCUAGUAGAUAUUGUGAAUGGACACACGAUGCUCACACCAGUGAUGUGCGCACACUCACACACUGACAUAGUCACAUAGUGUAUGGUCAGUAUGUACAUAGUACGUAUCUACAUUGUGAACUUACAAGUACCGGUAACAUGAUUGUGCUGUAUCACGCAUAGUACACAAUUCUGCUGCAAAGCCCGCUGUAGAACAAUGGCAUUGCGUGACGUGCACGAAAACAUGACGUUCACUUUGAGAUGGCGAACCAUUGAGACUUUUCAAAAAUCAAUUUGUUGUUUUAUUGUUCACCCUGAGAAUGGAGAGAGUGUAUGGUGUGAUUUUUAGACUGUGUGUUCGUGUGUGUGUGUUUGUGCGUGUGUGUGUAUGUGUGUGUGCAUGCGCGCGCGCAUGUGUGUGUGCAUGCGCGCGCAUGUGUGUUGUGGAAUGCAUCACACUUCUAGUCGUAUUUAAUGCGGAGCCUUCGAUUUCAGAGAUGCUAACAGGUGCCAUUAGAAACGGCUGAUUUGUUUGCCUGCAAUUUGAUUGUUUACCCUAAUGGUGGGCUAGGCCCGAAAAUUUGGUGUCAGAAGAUGAUUCAUUGUUAUCAGCAGCAAUAAAGAGACCAUUGAGGGAGUGUGUUAGGAAUGUGAGGUGAGAAAUGUACCGAUGGCAAAACAAUCGAGCAGCUGGUUGUGGCCACUAUAGUUGACCAGUCAAACUCAACACGUCAUCAUCGUCGUUGUCGUUGAAUUAAUUAUUUUAUACUUUUUACUUUGGAAGUCCCAAUGGAUCUUGUAAUCUU